AGUGCAGGGUCUCUGCACUGAGACGCAAUAUCACGACAUGAUUCACACAGAUCGUAUAUGGCAAACAAUGGCCAGCUAUUAGGUCCAAUAUACCUGGUUAUUUUCGGCUUAAUUAUAUUGGCAACACAGCGAGCGAGCGCCGAAUCGAACUGUUAUUUUGUUUGUGUGUGUGUAAUUGAGUGUGGGUGAAUAGCAACGGCGCGGAAGAAGAAGCACUACGCCAGCCCUGGUCGAAAAACAGCUGUUGCGCCUGCAAAGAAUUUCUGGAAUUGUAACAUUUUCAAUUUUAAACAUUAAAAUAAUCACUCGCGAUGGCUGCCAAUAUAGCCGCAGCUGUUGCGGUGCCCCAGGAGGUCGAUCCCGUGCUGAAAAAAGCCAUAAAGCUGCUGCACUCCAGCAACUCGACGUCUGCGGCCGAACUCCGCCUGUUGCUGGACGAGGCGCUGAGGGCGAGAUACGGCGCCGAGAAGAGUGUAACGAACAACAUGACCCAGCGCAUGAUGGACGAUGAGAUGAGUUUUCCCGGUCGUGCGCCCACCCCGCCGCAGCCCAUCAACACGGAUGAGAUCAUCAAUCUGACCAAUUCGCCGGACAAGGACCCGUCGGACUCUGUGGACACCAUUAUCGAUUCGGACGAGUGCCUCAGUGCGGCGGGCAUUGUAAACACUGGCGACACUGGCGAUUUUGGCGACUUGAAUUGCUGUGUCUGCGGCGAGAUGAUGUUCACGGCCACCAACCGGCUGGUUGAGUGCUCCAAAUGCGGUGCCAUGUACCACCAGGAGUGCCACAAGCCGCCCAUCACCAAGGAGGAGGCUGCCGACGAUCAGGAGCAGACGUGGCAAUGCGACACGUGUUGCAACAAGCCCACCAGCAGUCGGACAGUGGCCCCUGCAGCGGCAGCGGCAACGACACUUCCGCCUUCCAUCUUCAUAGCCGACGAUCCCAUGCCGCUGGCCGCCAGCAAAGCGAGCAAAACCGCAUCGGGGGCAUCCUCACGAUCCUCGACAUCCUCCAACUCAUCCUCGCCCUUCUACAGGCCAGAGCCGAGCAGCUCGACCAAUGCGAGCAGCAGCAGUAGCAGCAAGCAAGGCCACAAGUCAUCGUCGUCCUCCUCCUCCAAGUCGCACAAAGAGGAGCGAGCCAGCAAGUCGGUGGCCCCCGCCUUGGCUGCCAUCAGUGGUGUGGAGAAGCACACCAGUGGCCCCACCCCAUCGACAUCGCGACGGAGCAGCUCGAAUACGAAAACCAGCAAGAGCAGCUCCUCCUCCAAGCACCACGAAAGCAGCAGCAGCGGCGGCAGCAAACGAAGAUCGAAGCAAUGACGAAACUAUUACUAUUGAGUGGCAGCUUCCCCCAUUCAAUAGUUCACGGCGCUCACAUUCAUUUAGUUGUAGGCUAAAACGUAGUUUAAUUAACAAAUUUAUAUACGGAAAUUCUUGGAAAAUAUUCAAUGCA